ACUCCUUUUUUUUUUUUCUCCUCGUGUGACGCCAGCAGCCGCCGCUCUCUCCGCGCUGGGAACGUCCGGGUCGGGUCACGGAUCUCGCCGCUCACUCGUCUGAAUAGAGCGGGAAGUUCACAAGGGUAACUUAAGAUGUCGAACGGUUAUGAAGAUCACAUGGACGACGUAUGCAGGGAUGACAUGGGUAGAACUAACUUAAUUGUGAACUACCUGCCUCAGAACAUGACGCAGGAUGAGCUGCGCAGCCUAUUCAGCAGCAUUGGGGAGGUGGAGUCUGCAAAGCUAAUUCGGGAUAAAGUUGCAGGGCACAGCUUAGGAUAUGGCUUUGUGAAUUACUUAAAUGCUAAAGAUGCUGAAAGAGCAAUAAACACACUUAAUGGAUUGAGACUGCAAUCAAAAACCAUAAAGGUAUCCUUUGCCCGUCCAAGUUCUGAAAAUAUCAAGGAUGCAAACUUAUAUAUCAGUGGACUUCCAAGGACAAUGACGCAGAAAGAUGUAGAAGAUAUGUUUUCAGGAUUUGGGCGCAUCAUCAAUUCUCGUGUUCUUGUUGAUCAAGCUACAGGUUUAUCACGUGGAGUUGCGUUUAUACGGUUUGACAAACGAUCCGAAGCAGAAGAGGCAAUUGCCAGCUUCAAUGGUCACAAGCCACCCGGCUCAUCAGAACCCAUCACAGUGAAGUUUGCUGCUAAUCCAAAUCAGAAUAAAAAUAUGGCUCUUCUCUCUCAGCUGUGUCACUCCCCAGCACGGCGAUUUGGGGGACCUGUUCACCACCAGGCUCAAAGAUUCAGGUUUUCCCCCAUGGGAGUAGAUCACAUGAGCAGCAUAUCUGGUGUGAAUGUUGCCAGCAGUGCUUCAUCUGGAUGGUGCAUCUUUAUUUACAACCUUGGUCAAGACGCAGAUGAAGGAAUUCUCUGGCAAAUGUUUGGCCCUUUUGGAGCAGUCACUAAUGUGAAGGUUAUCCGUGAUUUUAACACCAACAAGUGCAAAGGCUUUGGUUUUGUGACCAUGACAAACUAUGAAGAAGCUGCUAUGGCCAUCGCAAGCCUUAAUGGCUACCGUUUAGGGGACAAAACCUUACAAGUUUCCUUCAAAACCAGCAAGUCCCACAAAUAACUUGCUCUUAAUUGUCUUUUGUAUGGAAUAGCGAAAAUAAGAAUGACGAAGUUGGGGGAAGACAUUUUUUUUUUUCUUUCUUUCUUUUUUUUUUUAGUGUAAAACUCAUUUUGCGCCAAUUUUCACAAGUGUUUUUGUCUUAGUGUAAAUGAGAUGUGGAAAAGGAUUUUUUUAUACUACGGGGAUGCAACUUACAUGUUCAAAUGUUUGAGAGGUCCCAACAUGCUAGACCAAUUUUAAGUUACUUAAGUUAUUUACUUUAAAUAUACAAAUAAAAUAUGGAUAGAUUACAUAAAAUAUACCCUAUGGACGGUGAUGAAUUUAAGCAUGUGCUAACUUUGAAGACUUUCAAAAGGUUUGCUUUGUGGGUUUAUAUAUUCCAGGCUCUGGAAAUAACUUUUUUUAAUCAAGCUGUCAAGUUUCCAGCUUAGGCAUUUGUAUGUAAAAGGUUUCUUUUCUUCCCUCUUCUCACUGACUUCUAAAACCUGAAUCAGAACUAGCAAAUAGUAAAAGUUUUCAGGUUUCUCAGAAUGGAGUUGUAGUAGCAGCAUGUCUAUUUUACUCUGUGUAAUUUCCUUGUAGGACAUUUGAUUAAUGACCUGUGAUGUGUACUGCCCGAUUUGCCCAUUUAUUUACCCUUAAAAAAAAACAUUUUUUUAUAUAUAUUUGGGGUUGUAAAAGUUGGCGUUUUUAUGGAAAUGCCUAACUGACAUUUCAAAUGGGCAAGAACUAAUCUCCCAUGGCCUUUUUAAAAUAGAUUGUUAAUCAGUUAAUCUUACCUGUACACUUAGUUUAAAAAAAAAAAAAAUACAACAAUUUGUUACACCAUCCAUCUUUAAGUUAGUUAUUCUAAUCUUCAGAAUCAAAACUUUUUUUUUUUCCCUUUUAUCUUGAACUAUUGUCGUCAUUCAGUGUGGUCCUAAUUGGGUACUUAACAUCAGGUGACAGAGACUUCCAGUUCAAUUUUUUUUUUUUCCAGUUUUACAACUUUUUUUUUUUUUCUUCAGUAACACAUGUGAGAGGUAGGGAAGUACCAAAGAGUUUGGUGUUUAAAAAAAAAAAAAAAAAAACCAAGGAAAAAAAACCUAAUUAAAUACAUACAAAUUUUCCACUUCCAGCGUUAAUAUUCAAUUUUCAAGUAAUGUUCCAUGUUGCAGUUAUAAUUUUGUCACUUACUGUGCAUUCUGCACUUUUGUAUUGGUACAGCAUAUAUUAAAUUAAGGUCUGUAUAAUUUUCAAGUAGAAGUAACCUGUAUGGUUUUGAUUGAAGAUUACCAUUUUAAUAACAUUUCUAAACAUUUGAGCAUUGUGGUUUUCUUUUGUUUGUUUUGUUUGUUGUUUUCGCAUCCCUAUUUGACUGUAAAAAAUUUUGACCAUUUACAUAUAACUCUUUUCGUUAAGGUUAAAUAUUAACAAAAUACGAUUCUUAAGUAAAAUUAAUCCCCUUCCCAGUUUUUCUACAGACUGCCUUGGAUUUUCAGUUUUGUUCCUCUUAAAUUUAUUUUGCUUUUUUGUGUUUGUUUUACUUUUGCAUUUAAGACCAUUAAAUUUGAUUUUGUUUUGCUCAACUUUUGUUUUUGUUUGUUAUUUUGUUCUUUUCUUCUGAUAAAUAUUUCUCAACGUGCAGGCUUUACAUCUAGGCAUUUUGAAAAUUCUCAAUUGUAGGUCAUAUUUGUUUAAAUUGUAGGGCAACCAGUUGUAAGUCAGUUCUAAAAGUAACAUUGACAGUAGUCUUUAUCUUGUUAGUGUUUAUGGUAAAAUCUCAAACAUUACAACUUUUUUUUUUGCAUAUGUUCUCUGUAAAAAUUUGCCUUGACAAACAUUGAAUCUUUAUUUACCCUUUCCAAUGACAUGAUAAAGACUUGAUGUUUAUAUUGCAUAGCAUAGCUCUCUAAAUUUCAGAUCCUUACAUAUAAGUUUCUUAGUGGCAGAUUAAAUUUUGUGUGAGCUGGAGCCUAACAUGAUGUGCAACUGUUUGCACUUCCAUGUAUUACGGUAAGUAAAACCUUGCUUAUAUUUGUUUGCACUUCACAUGUUUGUGACUUGCCACCUUAGUUUUGUAUGCUUCAGUAAAGUGUAGUAUUUUUUAUUUCAUUUAAUUUCCUUGUUUUUGUUUUUUAAACGUUUCUGUGCCUUCACCAAUUACUUCAUAGUGCUUUUUUUUAAUUUUUAGUAGCAGGAUGCUCUACUAUUGUACUGUUCAUAUUUUAUAAAGGGGCUUCCAAUUACUGGUGUUAUGCCACUAAGCAUUGCCGAGAUGCUUGGCUGUGCACUUAUCAACCAGUUAUAUGGUACCCUGAACAAUGCAAGGUUACCUGUGCACACCUGUUGACUGUGAAGGGAAAAGUUCACUGGUCGCAGACAGCACAUUGCAUCCAUUCUGCCAACUACAAUUACCUCUUAACCAGUGUUUUAAGUACUUUCAGAUUUAUUUUUCCACCUUUUGUGGCAGAAUUAGUAGUGUCCUGCUUGGUGGACUGAGCAGGUAUUGCUCUGGCUCUAACGGGCCACUACAUUGAUUUUUCAUCUCUGCAGCAAAGUAGUGCUCUGACUAUAAUACUGUAUUUUACAGAUUGCUUUUGAGUGGCAUUCACAAAUUUAGCAUUUUUAAAUAUACAAAUUGGGGGACACUCUUCCUCGAAAUGUAUCCUAAGACUAUGGUAUGAAGUGCCAGAUGCUACAAUUACGCCUGAACAGGUGUUUAGUGUGUUUCAUGCGCUUACUCUCUGGAAUGGAGUUUUCUUUAAAAGCACUGUAGAGAGUCUGCAUGUUUCUGCUCCACAGGAAACCUGCUUUCUUCAGUGUACUAGCAAUUUGUCCAUGUUCGCACUACAGUAUGUUGUCAGAACAUGGUUCAUAUACAUAAAGAUCACUUAUAGGAAACCAUUAAUACAAUUGACACUAAUGUGAAAUAGAGAUACUGUAUUUAAAGUAAUCACUUAUCCACCUAACAUAAAUCUUACAUGGAAUUAAAGGUUUUCUCAUAUGUAGGGAUACCCUCCCAAAAAAAGUUUUACAUUUCCCUCUACUGAUAUGCUACUUAUUUAUUUGAAGCAGCCAAAACUUUAUUAAAACAAGUAGGAUCACUCCUCCAUUCAGGAAUUGCAUCCAUUCUCUGCGCCAGCCUGAAGCCGGUACUUAUUUCUAUACCGAAGAGAGUGCAGUUCUAGGCAAACAGCACUUUUAUAUCCAUGACUAAAUGUAAUGUUUGUGCAUUUGAAGGUUAAAUAGAGUUAUCAUUAUGGUUUUAAGCCUUUUACAUGUUCAAUAGCUCAAAUAGCAAAUAUUUCUGCUGGAACUCAUUUGUGUGAGUGAGCUUAAUCUCUGCUUUCAAAACUGCCAAUAGUGGGGACUCUGCAGUAAUACAUGGACCUGGUCACAAUACACUAACAUCUAGCUUACAAAUCGUAGGUGAUGCAUAGAUUAAAUGAUAGUCUGUGGAUGGUAGGCGCUCAUGUCGGUUUGGAAAAAAAAAAAUUGUUGCUUAAAAAAAAAAAAAUCAUUGCCUAUGUGAAACCUUAACAUCCUAGCUAAAUCUGGAAAACAUGCACUGUUAGUAUUCCAUGACGACUGUGUUCAGAAAAAACACUCGAAGAUAAUUCAACUAUUUGAAACCAGUAGCAGUUAAAUGACAGUGUAAAUUUAGAUUGUUGGUUCUAGCUUCAAUAAAACUAUAUGUAUACUUAUCGCAAUCUAGCCAUUUUGGACGCUGACUGCUGUUCUGCUACAAUCGUGGAAUAACCUUAUUUGUGUCCAAAUUGCCGACACUGAUGAACAUCUAGACAUUAGGUUAGUUUCCUAAUGUUGUACAUGUAAAGUCAAUUGUAAUAACCUAUGGCUAUUUUUAUUCAGCUCAUUGUCCUCAGCACAAAAAAUAAAUAAAUCCUAAACGUCCAUGUUGAAACAAAUAUUGACUAUACAGGUUGAGUAUCCCAUAUCCAAAUAUUCCGAAAUACGGAAUAUUCCGAAAUACAGAAUUUUUUGAGUGAGAGUGAGAAAGUGAAACCUUUGUUUUUUGAUGGCUCAAUGUACACAAACUUUGUUUAAUACACAAAGUUAUUAAAAAUAUUGUAUUAAAUGACCUCUAGGCUGUGUGUAUAAGGUGUAUAUGAAACAUAAAUGAAUUGUAUGAAUGUAGACACACUUUGUUUAAUGUACAAAGUUAUAAAAAAAUAUUGUCUAAAAUGACCUUCAGGCUGUGUGUAUAAGGUGUAUAUGUAACAUAAAUGCAUUCUGUGCUUAGAUUUAGGUCCCAUCACCAUGAUAUCUCAUUAUGGUAUGCAGUUAUUCCAAAAUACGAAAAAAUCCGAUAUCCAAAAUACCUCUGGUCCCAAGCAUUUUGGAUAAGGGAUACUCAACCUGUAUAAUAUUUGCAAGAGAUUCACAGGUUGGCAUUAAAAAAAGGAAAAAAAUAAUAGAUACAAAAAAUGUAUUAUAAAAUACAUAAAUAUAGAAUCCCCCUCUACCCGAAUUCGGCAAUUUAGAAUAUUUGCAUGCUCUCAGUAACACUGGUUUGUCAAUAACCUAAACCGUUUGCAGUGUCAGAUUUUAUAGUUUGGACUAGGUUUCUUGUAAUCUGGUUUCCAGUGUCAGGGUUUUUGACUUAUUGAAGCUUGUGAAUAUUUGAAGUAUUUUAAAAUAAAAUGUUAUAAGUACAUAUUGUGUUUAAGUACUUGAACCAAUAGUGUAACUUUAGCUAAUUAUAGACUCCCUAAAAAGUAGUCUCGUUGCAAAAAAUGCAUUUGCUACCCCAUGGCUGAUGUUGACAUUACCUCCAUACCAUUCAUUUUAAUCUUGUGUACGUAUGUGUAUAAAAAAAAUUAAGAACUUUUUUUUUUUUCACUUUUUUAGUAAAUCUAUCCUUACCCUUACCACCACCACAAAAAAUCAGGGUCCCUUCCCACCCUGGUACCUGAAGCAGAGAGCCAGCUCACUCCGUUGCAGAAAAAUUAGUUCAUAGCUGUGCAACAGAAGUCAAGUAUAGAUAGAGCUUUAUGGGCAAACUAAGCAGAUAUUGCCACUAAAGUUUUAGUAAUUCCCAUUGAUGUAAUAAGAAUACAACUUGCAUACUAGAAUUAAAUUGGAAUAUUGUAUUCAUAUCUGAUUUGUAAAGGAUUGUAGUAAUGUGAGUUAAGCAAGAUAAAGGAGCAAACUAAUAUCAAAAGUAAGAUUUUAAAGAAAUAGCAAUGUUGUAUAAGAGGAUCCUUUAAGUUCACUUAACUGUUUAAUAUACAAUACCAGAGGAAUCAAUUUUCCAAAUAAUGGGUCCUUUCCAAACAUUCCUCUUUGAUGUGGCAGUGUAGCAGAACAUCCCAAAAACUAGCUGGAUCUGAAUUUGCAGUUAAUUGCAUGCAUCUAUGGCAAAAUGUUGUUCAUAUGGGCCAUUCCAGUGACCACCUGCAGAUGGCGCUGGGCACAAGUGAAUUUGAAGUUCACUUUUUUUUUUUUUUUUUUUAUCUACUCCAUUAUGUGGACGGAGGAAUAGUCCGCCACUUGGCGUUCUAUGUGGCACUUUAUUAUGGCUGGUUGUAGAUGAAUUUAUUUACACAUUCAUUUGCAAUCUAACCAGUCAUGAAAACAAGCGGUAGAUGUUUUCAUACUUUUCCUUGCGCCUAGGCCCAGUGGAAAGAGCACUGUUUAAUAUGAUUGCAUUGCUUAUUUGUAGUAUUGCUCUCUGCAACUUUCUGCAGUGCACCAACCUUACAUUUCAUCUAUGAAAAAGCAGUUUAGUAUUUUACUAGUCAUUAAAUAAAGGUUUAAGUGAUGUAAAUAUUAGUGUUUUUAUUUUCAUUUGUCCUAAAAUAAUAUAAUUACUUUUGUAUCUACAGUGAUUGUUCUUGUAGAUUAAAUGGCAUGUGAAGAAAAAAGCUGUUUCCUACCAAAUGUAUAUAUAAAAAAAAAUAUAUAUAUAUAUUGUCCACAAUAACCAGCUUUACAGCAGUUAGGGGGGAUAUAAUUUCCAUAUUGUACAAAAAAACAGAACUUAAUUGUACUUUAUGUACAAAUUCAGUAUUUAUUCUAGAUUGAAAGUUAAAUUGUGUGCAAAUUGUUAAAGACCCUAACCUCUAAAGGUUCUUAGGAGUACCGCAUAUAUUGUGUAUUCCUGUAGUGCAGAAUGUGUUUGAUUCAUUCGUUUUCCCAUUCUGCAUAAUAUGAAUCUGUUUGUAAAAUUGUUUUUAAAAUGUUUGGGUCCAAAUUAUUUUUUGUAUACUGUGUAUAAUUUGAUUCAUUUUAUUUCUUCUGAUCCCCCUUUUCCCCCAAAAUUUGGAAGUGUACUAUAUUUUUUAGUUGAUAAUCUGGGACUAAUGAGUAUUGUCACAUACAUUAAAUAAAACAUACAGGGGUCAAUUCAAAUGUUAUUUGGGUACUGGUCGGAGCAAUUCAAUUGUUCUGCUUGGUCGCCCAUUGCUGUAUACGCUCCUAAAUAGAUGGAGUUUAUCUGCAAAUAGCGGCUAAUCCCAACUAAAGUCGUGUAUAGGGAGCCCAAACUCGUGUUUGGGUGCCAUACCACAGACUUUGCACAUUUCUUCUCGCACCUCAGGAGGAAACGAGAUGAAACAUCACCACGCAACUAACUGGCAUCUAAACAGCAACAAUUGAAUUGCUCCAUUUUGCGCACACUAGCCACGGGGAAACAAUUGAAUUGCCCCCACAUAGAUUAAAAUGUCUAAAACUUUGUUUCAUUAGGGUCAGUUCAUUUAAACGCAACCUGAAUAGCUCCGUGAAGGAGGUACCGUAGCUAUUCGAUUCAGCGUGCUGCUAUGCCUGACCAGAGGAUUUCUACUCGCACCCCUCCUGGGGCGUGUACUGACAGAAAUCAGACCACUGUCGCGAUGCGGUUUCUGCCAUUAGUGCAGCGCAAACAGACACUGAGAAUCCCAGUUGUCUCUACUUAACAAUGGUUUAAGGCGGAAGUACUGGCAUUCUCCAACAUAACAGCACGUUGAAUUGAAUAGUUCCGAAACCCCCUUACUAGCGCUGUUCAUGUUUAUAAUCACGUUAAUUGAAUCGACCCUAUAGCUGUACAUUGUCAGGUGUUGCACUAGUCUUGUAAUUGUUGUUUGUGAACUUAUCCUGUUAAACAGGCUUGUAUGAAAAUCUAACUUACUGUACAGGUAGAAAUGCAUUGCUUUGUUUCCAGAUCUAAGUGAACUUUCACCCUGUGUAUAAUGAAAAUUGACAUUACAUAUGCUCAGUAAAACAUAAUAUAAAUUAGACAUUUUCUUAUGGAUGUAGUAGCUACCUUAUUGCUUCAUCUGUUCAUUUAAUGGAUUAAUUUUGUUUUACUUUAGAGUACUUAUCUUGUAGUAAUAAGCCACUAUGGGGUUGAUUCAGCUAAAGUUAAGUUGGCAAAUGGCCGUUCUCACCGACUUAACAGGUAGUUUUGUCGGGAGAACGGGCAUUCUCCGACUUAACUACCCGCGGCGAUGCUGAUUCCCGACAAUCAGCCUCGCGCCGGCCGCGCGGCAGCACUUUUGUUGGUUUUCUUCUCUCACCCCCUGGGGGUGAGAGAAGAAUUCCCGACAAUUGCGGGUAAUUAGUAGCUGAAUUGAGUAGCGUCGGGAGCUAAUUCCCGGCGCUAUUCAUCUGUUGCCGAAUUGAAUCGACCCCUAUGUUUGGAUGGUGUAUUUCUGUCAUUUUUGAGUACACUACAAAAGAGCUGGUUAGUACCUUUCUCAGAGUAACACUGAUCAGUUGCUUUGUUUGCUCACUGCAAAUUGCUUUAAGCUAGCUAUCUUGUCUCAUGUUAAGCACAAAGUAACUGCAAUGCCCAGUAAGGUACUUUAUUAAAUUGUUUACCUUAACAUUUGUCAUGUUGGAUAGUUUGGUCUGAAGAGAAUACCAGCCUGUGUGUGGUUGUCUCCUGGAUGUACUAAUAUUGUCUAGUCGCUGUGCAAAUCCAGCAGUUCUGCUUUUUAAGGGUUUCUUCCCAUUCAGAGUGUGCCACCUAUGUGAUUGGCUAACUGUGAUUUUAUUGCUUGGCAUUUCUCGCCAGAAUUGGCAGAUUCCGUUGUUCUGGUUGUCUAAUUUUUCUGUCUAAACAGGAUUGUUUAGAUGCCCAAACAAUUGUCACGAUUCAGUUGUUUGGGGACACUUGCAUAUUGCACAUGUCGUGCCCAAACAGAGUUUAGCCGCCUAAAAUGGCUAAACCUGUCUAAAGUUCUGCUUUGGUAUUUGGACGCCCAAAAUGCUGAGUUUGCGCGCAUUUGUUUUUCUUGCGCCUCAGGAGGCUGUGAGAAAAAAGGUAUCCUCCGUAGCUGCAGGGUGCCAGAAUGGCAGAACAAUUGAAUUGCUGCCGUUGGCGGUCACGAUAAAAACAAUUGAGUCAGCCCCGUUUUCAGGUUCUCACUUUUUUUUUAUAAUUUUGUGAUAACUUACAGGCGUUACCAUUGACUGGAGCAGAAUAGAUUGUCAGAGUACAGGGCAACAUGAGUGUUCUAAUUAUACACUUAUGGACUAAAAUUUAUAUACUGUAAAGUAUAUGCAUAUUAAGUUGCAGAUAUUUUUUCCUAGCCAUAUAAAAGCAGUAGGCAGUGUGCCUUUACAUGGGUCACAUAAACCAAAAGGGAGUAGUUCUGAGGGGUGGGGAGUUGCAUCAUUACAUUGUAUACACGUGUCUUUAACAAACACUAAAAUGAUAACUUGAGAACUGGCUGCAUCCAACAUUUGGGCUUUCAGUUAAAAGAUUUAUUUUAGUGGUAUGGCGAUAAAGGGUAUUUUGUGUGUUUUGUUUUGUUUUUUUUAAAAGCAAAGAUCUUUAAUAAGCUGUAUAUAAAUGUGUAUGUUACUGGUAGUGUAUUUUUUCCAUAGCAAAUAUAUCACUAUUUGUGUAAAGUAUUUAGUUAGUGAUUCUCCUAUUACUACACAUCAAAUACAUAGGAGUCAUCAUAAAAUAAUUGUAACUUUAGUCAAAUAAUAAGCUUUCAUUUUCUCUUGCAUGUAUAAAUGUAAUGCUUCAUAUGAUGCAUUUCACCGUUUCGGUGAGUCACAAUAUGCCCUGCAUAGUUUCUGCAAAUCUUCUGGAAAGUAGACUUCAUACUAGCUGUUGAUGGUUUUGGUGGAUGAAGAAACAAAUGAGUGUUUUUGUUUCUGUAGCAAUGUGUAAACUGCACAAUAGACCUGAUCUGAUUGAAGUUUCUGGAAGAGCAGGGUUUUUCAAUGUUAUUUAUAUUGCCCCAUCAUUUCAUGCUUUGAGGAUUCUUUCGUCAUGGUCAAGUGACUUGCUGGCUAAAUAAUUAGCUCACCUGUAUGGACGGUGGGAGAGCCUUAUAACAUGAAAUGCGUUCCUUGAAGACUGGAGUAUAAAAACAUGUUGCUUGAUGUUAAGCUACUUUUAUCCAUGUCUGAGCUAUUCUACCUAUAUAAUCCUCCACUUUUGUGGACUAUGGCUAGAAUAAAUGGAUUUUCCAGCAUUCCUCUGAAUGCACUGAUUUGCGUUCUUCCUGUCAAGUAUUCUUUGCAUUUUUAUAUGAAUUUGGGGCUCAUUCUUAUUUUUUUAUGCUGCUGCACAAACUAGUGUCCUGUAUAAUGUUUUAAGCAAAAUAACGUGUUGUUCGUGUUCUUUUUUUAUUUAAGAAAUUAAAGUUUCUUAAGUCUGGUAUUCAGGAAUGCUUCUUGCCACUUUUGUUUUGCAUCCUGAUUUUAGGAUUAUAAUGAAGAGAUCUCAGAUUUUGCCUCCUUGUUUUGGUAGGCCACGUGUUUUAAAACUUUUUUUGAAUAAGCAUAAUUCACAUAGGUUUUGACAUACCUUUACCUUUUAUAAUGAGGAAAUAAGUUCUGCUUCUUCACUAGGAAUGCAUCAGAUUUACAUUUGGAGAAUUUUUUAAAAUUUCUUUUUAGGAAUAACUUUCAGCCACCGGAAUCCUGCUGUUCUGCAACAUUCCUAUAAUCUAUUACUUCUGGGAGCUACUGUAUCAUUACAUUUAGAUGAAGAUAAUUGAAUGUAUUUUGAUUCUGCCUGAAAUAGAGAUUCAGUGCAUCCUUAGCUACAAUGCGUUGAAUUCUGGUUUGUAGAUGCACUGAAGAGAUGCAGUUGCCCCACGACACGUAGCAGUUUUCAUUCUGUAAUGCAAGCUUGCAUGCCUCCCGUUUCUUAAUACUGUAGCGGAGUUAUUGGGUACAAUCUUUUUUUUAAUUAAAUGACGUUUUGUGAAAUAUUUUAUAUUUAGUUUGUAAUUAAAAAUACUUUACAGUGACAACCAAUGGUUUUCCCCGUGUCACUGAGCAACACUGGCUGUGCUGGUGGUGGUUAGUUCCACAAUAUGAGAGCCAAAGGUUGCUUUAAGCGCUUACGAACUUUACAUUUACUUUAUUUUGGAUUCUGUUGCUAAAUCCGAUUUUUGAGAAUGUCGUCUUAAAAAAGCGCAUGAUGGUAAGUUAACAACAGUCUGAUCAUUUUAUUUGUAUUUAUUUUUUUGUUAUCCAUUUUGAGAUUUAGACGAUGCAUAGGUACAUAGGUGUUGCAUUGUCUACACUUUUUCUGAUAUGGUACAAAAAUCUCUUCCUAAAUGUUCAGCAUAAUCUGGCAGCCAUAGAUUUGUCAUGGAGGGUCCUGUACUCUUGUGUGCUGCUCCUGGACUUUCUCCGUGACAUUGACAAUUAGUUUUAGUGGCAAGUCACAACGGUCUACAAUUUAUUGCUCUAAUCUAACAUAGUUAUGGUGCAUCUUUGAUUUGCCAAUUAAUCGCACCUUGCAGGGAAUAAGCUGCAUAGAACAUGAUUUGGAAUUCUCUAUGGAUUAGUUAUAAGCAAAAUGUAUGUAGCCUAGAUUGAUAUUCAUUAUAAUCUUGGUUCACAUACAGACAGGUAGCCUUAAACCAUUGCAAGCCCCCUUGUGAUAAAUGUUUUGGUCUAUCAAUCAGUUGGGUAGAGGAUACGACUUUAAAAUAAACUACUUUAGAAGGGAAGAUUGGUGGUAAUGCAUCACUACCUAUUAAAGUCUGGAUAUGGUAAUGGUAUUUUAUUUUUUUAACCCAAGUAAUGCCAGUGUGUCAAUCAAUUAGAAUAAUUUGCCAAUUGAUUACCCUCGAUAUUAACCAUCAGAAUUUACUUCACUUGAUCCCAUCUCACAUUAUUAACUUGUAUCAUACCUUGAUUAUGUUGUAAACAUUGUAAAGUUUGUUGAAGUCUAUUGGAUAGAAGGCUUUGUUUCCCAUAUUGUAUAUGGUUAAGCAUUUUGUAUAUUUGGUGUUUUUAAGUUAUUGUUUUAUAUGAGAUUAUUUUUCAGAUAUCAUUUUUAUUUUAAAUGUUGUUUUUACAUGGUUUAUUUGAAAUAAAGUAUGACACUGCUUUCCAAA